AUGGUUUCCAAUACUCAAUUUCAGGUUAUUGUUCGAUUCUUGACUGUGAUGAUGAAACAUGGAUACAUUGGCGAGUUCGAGAUUGUUGAUGAUCACCGUGCUGGCAAAAUCGUUGUUAAUCUCAAUGGCCGACUCAAUAAGUGCUCCGUUAUUUCUCCGCGAUUUGACAUAAAGAUCAAGGAUAUCGAGCAAUACACCACAAUGCUGCUUCCUUCCCGACAAUUCGGGUUCCUCAUCCUGACCACUUCUGGUGGAAUUAUGGACCACGAGGAGGCCAGAAAGAAGCAUCUCGGAGGAAAGAUUUUGGGAUUCUUCUUCUAA